AUGCUGGGUACCGAUAUAUUAGAUGAAGGUGAUGGUAUAGGAGCAACCUUCCAAACAAAUAAAGCCAAAUGGCACAAAUCCUGUUCCGUUAAAUAUGUUGGUGACAAGUUCAAAAAAGUUUUAAAUGAUUUAGCUUUAAGCCAUACUUCGGCAGAAAUCGAGCAACCUGAAGCUAGUUCUUCUGAAAAAAGGAGCACAAAAAGUAAGGCACCAAUGAUUAAUCUUAUGGAAGAAGAAUGUUUUCUUUGUGGUGAGCCAGGUUCACGGAAAUCUUCUCUUCAUUUAUGUCAAACAGAUGGUGUUUACAAUAAUAUAAAGCGAUGUAUAGAAUUUUUAAAAGAUUCCAAAUUAUUGGCGUUGUUGGAAGGAGGAGAUCUUUUGGCGAAGGAAGCCAAGUAUUAUACGACUUGCCUGACCCGAUUAUAUAAUAAAUGUAGACGUCAAUCAGUCAUUACAAACCAAGAUAAUGAUCGGAUUAUGUGUAAGGGCGUUGUAUUUGCUAACAUGUUUUAUAUACAAAAUAGAUUGAAUGAAUAUCACAAUUUGUUUUCAAAAUGGCACAUUUAUAUCUUAAACCUCAAAAAUCUGGUCGAGAUUAUUUGCUACUUCAUCCUGGUGCCAUUUAUUAGCAUCUGUGAUACAGAAGAUCAAGAUGAAGACGUGCUGGCAUUUCAUUAUUUUGCAAAGCGUUUACGCCAAACUAUGACUGCUACUUCUUCAACAUUUUCUGGAACCUUUACAAAUGGGUGUGAAGAAUCAUCAAUUCCUUCAAUAUUGCUCGCUACCAUAAAUUCACUGUGCUACGGUUCUCCUAUUCGUAAUAACUGCCGUGCUACUCAGCCUGUGAUUUCAAUUUGCCAAAUGAUUAUGUUCAAUUUUAAAGAGUCCACGCCAAAAGGAAACAUUGUUCGUAACAAUACCGAUUGUGAACCACCAUUACCUCUAUAUGUAGGACUAUCAACCUAUGGUCAAAAUAGAGAUAAAGCUACUAUUGAUAAAUUACACGAUAAAGGACUAAGUCAAGCCAAUGAGAAGGGCGCUGUUUGUCCAUCAAAUUUGAAAAACGGCAUUUUUACCGUUUCCGCUCUGGAUAACAUCGUGUAUAAUCCGAGCAGCAGCACGAGUAGAGGAUCUGGAUUUCAUGGUACCGGAAUAUCUCUGUUUCAACUACCAAAUAAGGGGGAAUGUGGAGUUGACCAGACUUUUAGCAUUCAUUACGAAACUGUACAGAAAAAAGGAGAUCGAUCUGUCCCUUCCCUGCCUGACUUCUAUUCUAUACUCACUGAAUGCGUACUUUCUGCAACUAAAGCUGAAACUCAUCUUUCUGAACCAGAACUAACAGAUUCCAUGACUCCUAAAGGGCUCGACAAUAAUUGGUAUAGAAACGAAGAGGGAUGGUUGGAAACUGAACCUGAAACUUCAUCACCUAACGUAUCUUGGGCUGCAUAUUACGCAGAGAGAGACACCACUCACAAUCCUAUCGCAAUAAAUGUUUUACUUCCAUUAUUCCACGAAAAAUCAACAAAACUUUCCAUGAUUAAACACGGUACGACGUUAGUGCGGAAUGUAGGAAAAUCUCUUAAUGAAUCUCAAACACCUGUCAUUUGUUUUGACCAGCCACUUUUUACCAUUUGCAAAAUAAUUCAAUGGCCAUUGGAAUUUGGAGAGAGCCAGUUUGUAGCGAUGAUGGGCCCUCUUCACAUUGAACAAACUUUUCUUCGAAUAUUGGGACAGUUCCUUGAGGGCAACUUUGUAGUAAGAAAAACAGCAAGGCCUUCUUCUGCGUUAGGUAUAGAUCACGCUCACGAGCAAAACAACGCUCAUUUGAAAGGCAGAGGAGGUGCUAUUGGAUUGACAGAAGAUCCUUCUUCGCUUCGACGAUUUACUAUUGCUGGACCAGAAGUAGCCAGGCUGAUCAGUGAGUUUGAAGACUUGCUACAGUUUUUUCGAUACGAGAAUCAAGUUUGCCCUCCGUCGCUUUCACCAAAUGGAGAUAUAAAACCAGGAAAUAAAGCUGAUCUUGCCAGAAUCCUUGAGAAAUUAUCAAACCAAACCCAGAUUCCAUCACAAACUGAUGCCGUUAUAUUUGAUGGUGCUGCUGUUGUACAUUUUCUUAAGCCACACGAAAACGUAAAGAAUAUUUACGAAUAUUGCACACAGCAAUUAAAACCACAUAUUCUUACAAUAGCACAACAUUUAGGAGCAAAAAGAGUCGAUAUAGUUUGGGAUCUAUAUUCAAAACUAAGUCUCAAAAGUUCGACAAGGGAACGACGAGGUUUGAGAGGGAGGCAGAAAGAUCUUCCAAGAAAAGGUUUAAUUCCAAAAAAAUGGGAAGAAUAUUUGAAAAACCCACAAAAUAAAGAAGAACUAUUCGAAUAUCUUGCUAUAACCCUUCUAGAAGUUAUACAUGAAGUUCAACUUGUUACUAACGUAAAGGCAGUGAUUCAAGUUAAUUGUGAACAGACCAAUCCUAGCAAUAGGAGUUGCAAGAACAUGGAAGAAGCCGAUGGUAGAAUAAUUUUACACAUUCAAGAUAUGGGUAAUUUCGGUGUCUCCUAG